AUGCAUCGCACCGGGGAGAAGGGCCGUGUGGGGCGGCGGGAGUCCUGCCCCCCUGCCCUCCACAGCAGCGGCGGCUGGGCCGUGCUGGGGGUGCUGACGGAGAACGAGCAGCAGCAGCGGCCCGGCGGUCAGGGUGCUGCUGUUAUCAAGUGCUUUUCUGGCUUUGAAAACACCAUCACUUCAUGUAGAAAACAUGAAGUGCCCAACUGCAUCAUCAGUGCUGCAUCAAAGCAAGGUUUUGCUAUCCACAUAGAUGAUUCAGAAGAUAAAGAAAACUACAGCUGCCAAGUGUCUAAAGAGCUGGAAUUAAGCCACUGUGAACUGGAUACCAGUGCAAUGACAUCCAGUAUUCAUCGGCGGCUGGAUCUGAGUUCAGGCUCUCCUAUGGUAGUGGAAGAUGUUGUAACUCUGGCUGGAGAGUAUGCAGAAGACAUUCAUCAAUACCUCCGAGAGGCAGAAGUAAGAUUUAGGCCCAAGCCCUACUACAUGAAGAAGCAGCCAGAUACCACAACAGGGGUGCGUGCUAUCCUGGUAGACUGGUUGGGGGAAGUAGGGGAAGAGUAACUUCAGACAGAGACUUUGUACUUGGCAGUGAACUUCCUGGAGAGGUUUCUUUCCUGCAUGUCUGCUCCCAGAGGGAAGUUACAGCUUGUGGCAACAGCAGCAAUUCUUCUGGCUGCGAAGUAUGAAGAGAUCUACCCACCAGAUGUGGAUGAAUUUGUCUAUAUAACAGAUGAUACCUACACAAAGAAGCAGCUGCUAAGAAUGGAACACUUGCUUCUCAAAGUGCUGGGUUUUGACCUAACAGCCCAAACUGUCAACCAGUUCCUCCUUCAGUAUAUUCAGAGACGUGGAAUCUGUAUGAGGAUGGAGAACCUUGCAAAGUAUCUUGCAGAGCUGAGUCUCCUUCAAGUUGAUCCUCUUCUGGAGUACCUUCCUUCACAAAUUGCUGCAGCAGCCUACUGUUUGGCAAACUAUACAGUGAACAGAUCUUUCUGGCAGAAGAACACCUUAACAUUGUGACACUGGGCCACCCAAGCACUUGAGGAAGGCCCACAGGUCAUAAUUAAAAAUGAACUAGGGGAAUGGGAACAGGGUUGGAGACUGGUACUCACAGGGCAAGGGUACGCAGCCGUUAAGAAAAAUAGUAAGAUCAAAAGGUGCCCACUUAAGUCGAUAAAACCAGACCUUCAGGGCAAAAACUAAUGAAAUUUGUAAAGUUUGUUUUUGCAGGACUGAAUCCUCAGACACCCCUGCAGCCCAUAUACCCCACUUGCUAAAGACUGUGACAAAUCAUCAAGCAGCCCGAUGGCAGACCAUACCGGGGUUGUGAAAGAACUCAGUGACCGAACUAAAGGAGAGGCCAGUGCAGAGAAAGACGGGGGAAAAAAAAAAAACCCAAAAAAACCACCUCAGCAAAAAUGUUAGGAGGUAUCCAUCAAGUGGAGUUCAAGCUCUGGCCAGGUACCAGGUUCUGGCUCUACUUGGAUGGAAUGCCAAUUAACCCACAGUUUUUCCUGUGUCAAAGGGUCAAAGGGCGAUUUGGAGGGGACAUAAGUCC